UCUCUCCAACAUAGGUCUCUGUGACUCCGCACCAAACGGACUUGUCGUGAGGAUGGCGCUUUGAAAACACGACUAUGCACCAUGGCAGACUCGCACGCAUUUGGCCAGACGGCCCCAUCUUGGAUCGAGUACCUUCAGGAUAUUCUCAACAGGUACCCAGACGGGGGACAGAUUUUGAAGGAGUUGAUACAGAACGCCGAGGAUGCGGAAGCCAGCGAGGUGCGGUUCCUGUACGACAGGACCCAGUACGGUACCGGGACGCUCUACUCUCCCAAACUGGCGCCGUUCCAGGGCCCCGCCUUGUGCGCCUACAACGACGCCUGUUUCACGAUGUCUGACUGGAACAACAUCCAGAAGACAGCAAGGAGCAUGAAGAAAGGCGACCCCAUGAAGAUCGGACGCUUUGGGCUGGGAUUCAACUCCGUGUACCAUCUUACAGAUAUGCCCAUGAUCCUGAGUGGACACUACAUCGCAGUCCUUGAUCCACACGAGGACAUCUUCCCAAAGGGCGGUCGUAGAUGGCACUUACAGGAACAUGCUGAGGAGAUCAAAAUAAAGCUUCAAGACCAGUUCUCUCCUUUCAAAAACCUCUUCGAGGGUGCCGAAGAUCCCUUCCAGACCGGAUUCUUCAACGGAACGAUCUUCCGAUUCCCCUUGAGGCAGACAGCAUCAGAACUCUCCAAGACUCUUUAUAAGGAAGAGAAAGUCGUUGAUUUAUUUGAAUCCUUCAAGGCAGAUGGCGACAUUGUCCUGCUGUUCAUGCACCACGUGCGGUCUAUCAGACUGAUGACUAAAGACAUAACGGGCCACAGCACCACCGACUAUCGCGUUUCUAUGAUCAGCCAGUCUGAACAAGGAAGGGAAAACUGUUUCACGACUGAGGUGAAAGAGGCUCUGAAGGUACCGGUAGACAGCCGUGAGACGGUUGUCAGUACCUGCAGAAUGUCAAUGACUAUAGACGGUGAACCUACCAGAGACUGGCUAGUCACAAGCUACGUGAAGGGAAGGGGGAUCUCAGAAGAAGCAAGAGAGCUGUCUGAAGAGCUCAGCUUGCUCCCGUGGGUGGGGGUAGCGAUGCCGCUGUCGGCGGGAGACGGGAGGUUUGACGGUAGAACGUUCUGCUGUCUGCCGCUGCCUGCAGGACACGAGUCCACCGGCCUGCCUGUCCACGUGCACGGCUUCUUCGGAGUCAGCGACAACAGGAGGAGUCUGAAGUGGACAGGGACGGACCAGAAGAGAGACUCUGCAGCAAGGUGGAACGAGGUCCUAGUGCGGGAGAUCCUACCCUCUGCCUACGCCCGCCUCAUCACAGACGCCACACAGUGCUGUACCAAAGACAUCCUCUACGCGGCGCUUCCAGACAAGCACAACACGGCCCCACACUGGGAUCAAGCUCUCAAACCGUUCUUCGACAACAUUCUCACUGAGAGGGUUUUGUGGACACCCGCAAAUGGCGGCAGGUGGAUCACACCGAGAGAUGCAGUCUUCAACAUUCCAUCUCAGCCCGUUCCAUCUACUGUUGUAGACAACCUGGUCAGCGCGGAAGUGGAUGUGGUAACACUGCCAGAACACGUCAUUGAGGCCAUCGACGACAAUGAUACUUUGUCCGGCCUCUCUCUCAGACAAGUCACCCCCGGACUGCUGAGAACCACCAUGAAGAAGACGGGAGUGCAAAACAGUUCCAGAGAGCAGAAACUGGCCUGGCUGCAGUACGCUUUAAGCGACGAGAACUAUCACGAAAUGGAAGGGAUCGAGCUCCUUCCGUUGGCCGACAAGACUUUCACAACGUUCUCAAAAUACGACAAGACGAUCUUCAUCGAAUCUGAAGAGCAUCCCAGAACCCUUCUGCCGGGACUUCAGGGGCGUUUCCUGGACACGGAUGAGGACAUCGAACCACUUAUCCUACACCAUCUGCGGGCGGCUGCAACGGAGGCAGAAGAAAAAGCUCGCACACACCAUCCCUGCCUCCAACUGCGUCAUCUCAACCCACAGCUCGUGGCCACCCACCUGAGAGACGCACUGCCACCUGAUUGGUUGCAGGUAAGUCAUGUGACUUUGCUCCCAGCGCUUGCGCAGCAGCUGUCCAAGGAAUGGCUGACCCAGCUGUGGCGGUACCUACAAGACCACUUCCCCAACGAUCUCAGUCCCUUCUGCGGCCUUCCGAUUCUCCCUAUAGUCGGAAAGCACGCGACCACUCUCGUCCGACUCGAACAGCCCUCAAAGUCAAAGGUGAUCCGCCCCAAAUAUGGAGAAACAAAGAUACAUGACGUCAUCAAGAAGCUUGUUCGUGACUUGGAUGCCAAGGUGCUUGAGAACGUGCCACCCUACCUGAACCACCCGAGGCUGGAGGAGUUCAUACACCGCUGUACUCCAUCAGGGCUUCUAAAGCUUCUUCUCAUUGUCGGAGAGGACAAAGUUGAGCCUAAAGUCGACGCGAUGAACCACGAAGCCAAACGCUCAUUGCGGGCUUUCUUUGCCAAAGAUGACCAUUUCAACGAUAGCGAGCGCAGACUGCUGGCCAAACUACCAAUCUUUGAAGCUGUCGAUGAUACGGAUUUGAAGCGAAGAUACCUGUCAGCCUUGGAUCCAAGAGGCAUGAUGCGGCAGAUCGCCCCUCCUGACCUGACUACUGACCCCCUACCUGCCGGGUUAACCUUGCCCAAGACCCUCAUCAUCACCAAUGACUUGGAAUCACAAGCUCUAGGUCACCUCGUUGGUCUUCAACAACUGAGCAUAACACAGCUUUUGACGGCAAUGAUAGAAAAGGUUCGCGGCGACGAAUACACAAAGGGACAGACUGAUUAUCUCAUGCUGUGGAUUCUCAAGAAUCUCCAAAGCUUAAAGAGAAAAGACCCGAGCAUCAUCCACCGAAUCCAAACGUUAGCUUUCGUGACAACGAACAACAACACCAAAGUGACCCCUGCCGAACUUUUCAGUCCUGAAGAGGCAGUCUCUGAUGCGUUACUAGGCGAGUCAGUCUUUCCGGCACCACCGUACGCAGACAGGAGCACACUGAUAGCUCUGCUCGAGCUGGGAAUGCGACAGAAACUAUCAGCACAGGAUGUUCUACGCAGUGCAAGAAACGUGCAGACCUUCUACGGUUGUGGAGAAUUGACCCUUCCUGAAGCAAAACGAAAGGCCAAAGCGAUCAUUUCCAUUCUUGUUCCCCAGAUGCUCACGACUCCAGUGAACGGCGUGCUACUUAGAACCGCUCUCAUGGACGUGAACUUCUUACCUGUUCGCUCAGAAAGACCAGGGUCCUAUCUUCCAGGAUUGUCAUGGUACCCAGAGAAAAACAACGCCAUCUUUGUAAGUCCAAGAGAUGCAAGAGGUGUGGAGUGUGCGGAGCUUGUUGGCUCGACCAUGCCGAUUGUCGAUGGGGAGGUGUCUGAUGGUUUCGUCUCUGCUUUUGAAUGGGACAAGGACAACCUGCCGAUCGAGAAAGUCGUUGAGCAACUGGAAAUGAUAUGUAACCAUUACACAGGGUCAAGACGCCCCGCCAAGCACCAUGUUGUGCAAAUGCUGACCGAGAUCUAUCGACACAUUGACGCCAGAUUGAAAGCAGGAAAUACGGCUGCCUUGAAGUUACUUUCUUCCACUGACUUCCCUCCAUGGGUCUGGCAUGGUGAUGGCCUUGCAGCGCCAAACGGAGUGACGUUGUCUUCUCCAUUCACCCCCAUCCUUGACCUUGCUCCGUACAGAUUCAUCCUGCCUGAUGAGUUCCGUGACUUCAAGCAGAUGUUCAGGGCUGUUGGAGUCAAAGAGAGUCUUGACGAAUUAGACCUGAUACAAACGUUGCAUGAGAUUCGAUCGACACCCAAACUGUCGACAGAAAGAGAUCUGAAGUUGUCCCUAGGCAUCAUAGAUUGGAUAGUCAGCCACCCGGAUAUCCUUCAAAAGGUGCGAGACGACAUAUUGGUUCCCAUAGCAACGAAGGACAGCUCUCGUCUGACGUUGGCACCUGUGAGUGAGUGCACGUACAAUGACGUGUCUUGGAGCGAUGCACAGGCUUUACUUGAUGACGAGGAUGAAGAAUUCAAACCACUUCACAAACAGGUACCCUUAGACACAGCACAACUACUCGAGGUGCCAUCCCUCAGCCAGCGGGUCGUCGAUGCUGAGGAGUUUGGGUUCGACCAGUGUGGGCAGCACGAGAAAGUCACACAGCGUCUCAAGAACAUUUUGAACGACUAUCCCGAGGGAGCAGGUAUCUUUAAAGAACUCAUUCAAAACGCAGACGACGCUGGAGCAACAGAAGUCAAGUUCCUUGUCGACUGGCGUACUAACGAAGACUCCAGGGAGGACCUGAUAGACCAAGGCAUGGCGGUGUGCCAUGGACCGGCGCUGUGGGCGUUCAACAACGCCACGUUCAGCGAAGAGGACUUCAAGAACAUCCAGAAUCUAGGAGGGCAGACAAAAUUGGACGCUCUCGAGAAAGUGGGGAGGUUUGGGGUUGGUUUCAAUUCUGUGUACCAUGUCACAGACGUCCCGAGUUUUGUCAGUGGAAGUCGGGUGAUUUUCUUUGAUCCGCAUGCCACGCACCUCUCCAAGCACAUCAAAGAUAAGUCUAAACCAGGAAUCGGACUUGACUUACAAAAGAACACACGGCUGGUCAGCAGGUUCAAAGACCAGUUUAAGCCUUUCCAAGGCGUCUUCGGCUACAGCACAAGUACUUCCUACAACGGAACGCUGUUCAGGCUCCCGUUAAGAACACCACAGGGAGCAUCCGACAGCGAGAUUAGCGAUGUGGUGUACAGCAAACCUGGCAAUGCAAACAUGGGAAGACUAGUUGAAAGCUUCAAUACUGUCCUAAAACAACUCCUUCUCUUCACACAGAAUGUAGCACAUGUGGCAAUGUACACUCUGGAUCAGUUCUCGGACCCGUCGAAGAUGGUCAAAGCGUUCGAAGUCUCAAAGACAGGCGUGAAGUAUUUGCGUGAAAUGCAAAUUCCUUCUCACGUACUGACAGGUAACAAAUUUCAAGUUCAAAGCAAUUGUCUGCUGGCUACGUCGGACGUGUUGAAACGCCAAGGCGCCAACAGAAAUGUGGAGUACCCGGAAACGUCAAUGGUAGUCAAGGUAACUUGCCGAGAGGAGACGGAUAACUCCGUGAGUGAGGAGUGGAUCAUUUCGUCCUGCAUGGGUACCGCGAAAUCACUGGAGUUAGCCCUGUCUACAAGCGGAAAGAAGACCGGGCUAGUUCCAUGCGGAGGCGUGGCAGCGUUGCUGAAGUCCAGUGAUAGCAGCCACCCGAACGCCUCAAGCGGAGAGGCCUUCUGCUUCCUACCUCUGUCUAUCCCAACGGGACUACCUGUCCAUGUGAACGGCAGUUUUGCUGUCGCAUCCAAUCGCCGAGGGCUGUGGGAAGAGACGAGUACCGACAGCAACGACCUGAGGGUGGAGUGGAACAAGGCUCUGAUGGGGGAUGCUGUGUGUAGGGCGUACAUCACAAUGCUUCUAGACCUGAGAGACAUGGCAAAGAAAGGACUACUAACUCCCUACCAGUACCACAGCUUUUGGCCUAAUCCCUGUCACAUUGCAGGCUCCACACACUACAGCGUCCUAGUGAAAGCCAUCUACACUGCCUUGGCAUCAAACGACAAACCACCAGAUCUGUUUGAGUCCGAAGGACAAUGGCUGAGUUUUACAUCGACAGUCUUUCUUGACUCCGGAAUCACGUUUUCCUCAGAAGAGAAAGCUGCCGCCAGGUGCGCACUACAGCAGUGUCUGUCGUACUCCACUAUCGUUGAGCUGCCCGAAUGGGCCAGGCAAGGAUUCGAGAUAGCCGGCUGUGGCGAGCUUCUCUCUCAGCACACAUACACCGAGGAUCGAUUGUACUCCGAGCUGUUCUUUCCUCGGAUACGUGACUUGUCUGACGAAAUACGAGAUCCUCUGAUGCUCCGUAUAUUAGGCAGGGAAAGUGAAGACUAUCAUGAACAAAUCGCAACCACAGCCUGUAUUCCCACCAGCCCAAGAGGACAGACAUUAUCUUGUCCCGGGGACCUCGUACACCCCAACGGAAAGGUCUCAAAGAUGUUUCUACCUGAAGACAAGAAGUUUCCACAUGGAACCACAGAAACUUACUUAAAACCUUCACGUCUGGUACUGUUGACAGAACUGGGCAUGCGCAAAGAUGACGUCCCGUGGGAAUUCGUCAUCGAACGGGCAAAUUCAGUAGUUGGUUUGAACAAGGUCAAUCAGGACGCAUCUCAGAAGCGAAUCAUCGCCCUGCUAGACUUCAUCGUUGAGAAGGUCAGGUCAGGUCAGUCCCAUAGUCCCGUUGAGAAGACGAAAAGGGAAAGAAACAAAGAACAACUGGAGCAGGCAAGAACACAGUUCUUAACCAUCCCUUUUUUACCAAUCAUGCAAAAGCCCAGUCAAUGGCCCUUUGGAUGGAAAGGGUCAGAGUAUCCCGUUGACGCACUACUUUCUGCUCUCGAACUUCAGCCGAGUAAGAAUUAUGAGAUUGUAGGCGUCUCCAGUCCAAUCUUGUGCAGUGAAAUCGUUACCGGGAAUUGGAAACACAACAGUCACUACACUGUACCAACCAGCCUUAGCAGGUUUCUGGGCUUAGAAGACAAAUCACCUGACCUCUCUGAGACCUUGACAAACCUCAUGGCUAUUGUCGCCGUGGACAUGAAGACUCUCUCGAAAGAUGCUUUGGAUUGCACGAGAACAUCGUACCUUAAAACAUGUCAGCACCUUCAGACGCUUUGCCGCGAGUCAAAAGACAAAGAGGAUGAGAUUGCUACAAGCCUGAUUAAGACACCGUUCAUCAUGAGCCAGGCGAAGGAGAAAUUUCUCUUUCCAUCGGAGGUGUCCUUUCACUUGAAAUUCACUUGCGCUCCCUAUCUGUACCAAGUCCCAGAGGAAUUGGCAAAAGAACUUAGACCUCUCCUCUCGGCCUGCAAAGUCAAAAAGGGUUUUGAAGCAUGUGACUUCCUUCGAGCUCUGCAUCGCCUGAAGGAAGAUAAAGGAAACCGGAGACUGCGCUCCGAUAAGGUCAACCUUGCGCUGGAACUGUUGAAAGCAGCUAGCGACAUGGAGGGAGAAGACAUCAGAAAACAGGAACUUUGGAUACCGGACAAGAGUGGUGUGUUGCGCAGGCCUUCGGAGGUAUGUUACAAUGACUGUGCCUGGAUCAAACAGACAAAGGACAUGGUGUUUUGCCACAAGGACAUGUCAAGAGGUUUAGCGGUGGACAAACUGGGAGUGAAGCCUGUACGACACAAGUCACUAGAGGCCUACUCAAACAACCUUGAACAACCUUAUUUCGGCUCCAAUUUCGGCCAGGUGGAAAAGUUGACGAACAGAAUCAAGCGCCUCUUGGAUGCGUAUCCCUUCGAUAAGGAGAUCCUUAAAGAACUGCUACAAAAUGCCGACGACGCCGGAGCAACAAAAAUCCACUUUGUGUUCGACAAGCGGCAUUAUGGCACCAAGCACAUCUUUGACGAUAGCUGGAAGGAACUGCAAGGACCAGCCCUGUGUGUUUACAACAACAGGCCUUUCACGGAAACCGACCUAGCCGGUAUUCAAAACCUCGGAGAAGGCAGCAAGGCACAGGAUCCGGUCAAGACUGGAAAGUAUGGAGUCGGCUUCAACGCAGUCUACCACCUGACAGACUGCCCUUCCUUCAUGACAGGAGGGGACACAUUGUGUGUUUUUGAUCCGCAACUCCGCUUUGUCCCAGGUGCAACACAGAAGCACCCGGGACGCAUGUUUCGUGACAUUGACGACUACUUGAGGCGGCAAUACAAGGACGUGUUCAAAUGCUAUCUCCGUCACAAACGUGCGUUUUCGUCUCCGGAGAGCACCAUGUUCCGAUUCCCACUACGGACCAAAGCAAUGGCGAAAACAUCUGAUCUCAAUGACAAGGAAAUCACGGAAGAUAUGAUCAUGAGCCUCCUACACAGAUUCAAAAGCGAAAGCUUUGAAGUACUCCUAUUCCUGAACAGCGUGGAAAAGAUCAAGAUCUCCAUCAUAGAAGAAAACGGAACCUCACAUGAAUUCUAUCGCGCCGAAGCACUCAUAUCAAAAGAGGCAAAGCGAGAGCGACAAAAGUUUGCAAAAUACGUGGCUGAAUGCGCUGACAGUAAAGAGCCCCUUCACACAUUGGCAACUCAUCAUGUCACAUACAACAUGGACCUCCGUGACAACGACCAGCACCAGGAGACCUGGAUGGUUCACCAGAGAAUCGGAUUUGACGACAAAGAUAUCCCAAACAGCAUUAAAGAUGCUCAUGCAGCAAAUGAGUUGGGCCUACUUCCAAGAGGAGGGGCAGCUGUCUGUCACAAACAGUGUAAACAGCCAUAUAAUACGAAAGCGUUUCAGGCAUCAAGGAAGUAUGAAGAGUGUUAUCAUAUGGGACCCAAACGUGCAUUUUGCUUUCUGCCGCUCCCUAUAGAAACAAAUCUCCCGGUCCAUGUGAAUGGUCAUUUUGCCUUGGAUCACGAGGCUAGGAGAAACCUGUGGAGGGAUGAGAACGGUGGGAUGAAAUCCGACUGGAACAAGACAUUGAUCAAAGAAGUCAUCGCUCCGGCAUACGCUGCGGUGAUAGAUGCCAAAAGAAGAGAAGACUUUGACGUAGAUAAGGAAUCAUCCUCUGCAUCAAAAGCAGGGUUGGUCCAAAGAUCACUGGAGUCAUAUCACAGUCUCUUUCCGUCUGUCUCAAAGACGACGGAUGGGUGGAGGGAACUUGCCGUGGCUGUCUAUGAGCAUAUCGACAGGAAGCAUCUUCGCCUUUUGUCAGUAAUGCGGGCGAUCAACAAUGAUUCACAGCCUCGAAGUGGCAAUCAGAGUACACGUAAUAAUGUCCAGCAGACAUUGGAAUGGCUGCCGCCAACAGGAGACGGGAAGGAUGAAGCAUUCUUCAACACAGUGAAGAUCGACCACCCAACAUCAUUGGUGACCUCUCAAAAGUCGAAGAAAACGGUGUUGGUAGAGACACUCCUGGACCUGGGAUUCAACCUUCUUGCAUGUCCGCGAACAAUAUUUGACUCCUUCAGACAAGCUGGAAUCAAAGUACAGGGGGCUCUGCCCGAGUCAGUGACCCGGUUUCUUCGAACUCACACUGCCGACGAACCGUUGUGUCGUAUCGGAACUUCCCUCCCUGCCCCAUUGAACACCACGACCUUCCAACAAGCAGAGAAACUACGAUUCGUCCUUGAAUAUUGCUUGUCCGCACAGCAGCACGAGUUCGAACUACACGGCCUUCCUUUGCUUCUGACAGCUGACAACAUCCUACGAGCAUUUGACAUCUCAUCUCCCGUAUUUGCUACACACUAUGCGAACCUCGUGCCAAGUGUGCCAGAUCAGUUUCAACACAGCUCCUGCCUUUCAGAAGUACUGAGUAAAAAGACUGACGCCACAGUCCGAUGUUUCGACGUCAAAGCUCUGUGCAGACUGAUGCCACGCGUGAUCGACAGAUCUAAGUUCGGAAAUGGUGAAAUUGUGAAACUGUGCCUGUCUUCCACGGUUCCUUCAAAGGAGUGGAUAUGUUUACUUUGGAAAUUCUUUGAUCAGGAAUUACCCCGACUUGCAAUUGAAGAUAUCAGUACUUUGUUUGCAGACUGGGCUAUUUUACCCGCCUUCACGCCUGCACAGUGCAGUGUUCCAAUGUCGCUCCGCUCAAGAGCCGCUCCGGUGCAACCAGUGGACCGUUACCUAGUCCCACUGUGCAAGGCAUACACUGUGGUAAACUUCAAUGAUCAAAAUGCACAGCAAGGCACGGUGGCGAGAAUUCUUCGCAAACUCCACUGCUUGGAGCUGGACACAAGUUGCCUUCGUGCAUCCGGUGGCUUUGAACAUUUGCCAACACGAUUUGUCCCUCAUCUCACAAACCACGCGGGGAUCUUGAGAGUGUUGUACUUCAUUCUAGUCGAGCAAGGAGGUACUACACCUUUGACCACUGAAGAGGCAACUGAACUGUUGAAGUAUUUCGAACACGAAGCCGAGAGGUACGCACAGGAACCGGGGAAUUUGCGCAUGUUGCGGUCCUUACCAUUGUACGAAACAAUUCACAACAGGCUCAUCAGUCUCAACACCACUAGCCAAUGCCACGUGUUACCUGUGGGGAUUCCGACGGCAGACAUGGAUAAGUGGAUAACACGGUCAAAUGCUGUCUUUUUGAAGAGAAACGACAGCCUUACAAAGCUGCACAAAGCCUUGGGGUGUUCAGGGAUCACAGACGCUGUGGUGUACGAACGGUAUAUCUUCCCAAACAUGGACCACCUGAGCGAUGAGGCAGUGAAGAUACACCUUGAGUACCUACGAAACAUGCUAGCUCGGAUGACUACGGUAGAGGAGCAGACACGGCAAUCUUUGCUAGCGGGCCUAGGAUAUCUACCCAUCAUUCCAUCGCAAAGAGGCAGAAGGCCUGUUCGAGACUUCUACGACCACACACAUCCCGUGUUCCGUGAAAUGGUCUCUUUGGAGAACUUCCUCCCAGAAUACUAUCGAAUGGAAUUUGGAGCAUGGAGAAAGUUCUUCAUCGAUAUUGGUCUCCACGACACAGUAACAAAGUCCCUGUUCCUCCAGUAUGCAAGAGAAGUUGAACGAAUGGCCAAGUCAGUCCGAAACCGAGAUCAAUCAUCACGCAAAUCAGACAUUUUGAUGAAGAACUUUCUCCAUAUGAAGGAGUUGGUCGAAGGAACAUUUACAAAAGAAGUUUCAACUAUUCAGUUCAUCUCACCAGUCGCUGUACGACCUGCUCUGUCUACGCUUCACAGCCAAUAUGGUGUCUCUGGGGACGUCUUGCCUUUUGUGUGUUUUAAGGACUCUGUGCCCGAGGAUAGACAAGAGCUUUGCUGGACCACGGCGAACAUUUUACCCAACGGAGCAAAUCCAGACCAUCCAGAGUCAAGGUACUAUAAAAAGGAUUCAAAGGAACUAUGUCAACGGCUAGGCAUUCAAUUACAGCCAUCUUCAGAUACCGUUACUAGUCAUGUCAUGUGUCUUUGCCAAUAUUUGUCCCAGCAAAAGGCCAUGGAAACUGAAGAGGGAGCAAACUCACCCUCAGCUUGCCAAACUCUUUGGAACUUGAUGCCAAAAGUCUACGAAUUCCUUUCGACAUCGUGUGAUGCUAUCUCGGUAAAGGAGAAGCUAGGUCAUGUGCCGUGUAUCGUUGUAGAAGAGGGCAGAAGGCUUGUCCGUCCAGAUCAGAUUGCUAUCGAACUCCAUCAAGAAUCCGAGAUUCGACCUCACCUGUAUGGCUUGCCCAAAAAGCUUGGCCCUUACCAUGAGUUCUUUGCAUCUUUUGGGACCCCCGAGAAACCAACCCCGUUGCAAUAUGCAAAUGUGCUAGAACAAUUCUAUCUGUCAUCCAACGGAGAGUCUUUGGUAGAUCCAAAUGAGAAGAAUGGAUCUUAUUCGGCAGUUGCCGGACUUUUCCAGAGUUUGAAAGGUUCGUCGCAAAUAACGUUGAGGAAAGAAAUGCCGUCACAGACAGAGGCUAUUAAAGACGCGUUUCAGCAACUUGAAAACCUGUACCUCCCGAGUCGUCAGAAUGAGCUGUGCAAAACAACUGAUCUUGUUUUUGACGACACCCCACAGUUUUCCCAUCGGAUCAAAGACUUCAAGUACCCGUUUCUUUUGCAUUUGGGUAACUGCCACCUGAGUGGGAAUGAAGAAGAAUUUAUCAAUCUUCUACCUGCACACCUCAGUCCUAAGCGCUGUAGCGCCCUCGUGCAAGAAACACUCUGUGACGAUUGUGAACAAAUGGCUUGUGUCAUGGGUGAGAGCUGUGUCCUGGAGACACGAUACAACUGUUUGUUCAGGAGUUCUCAGUUUACCCAUGCAGUCCAUCGUCUCUUCAAGAACAGUCAGAAUGUAAAUUGUGACGAGGCAACCCUGACGAAAGCUCUUGAGAAGACGGUAUCUUCAAUAAAGGUAUGCUGCAAGCAAAAACUGGUGACUUGCCUUUCCUACAAGGAGACAAAGGACGAGAUCAAAGAGAGCAAGGACAACUCCCUUUGUUUCAUAGAGGACUGUACAUUGUAUAUUGCACACACAGAAACAACGUCCGAACAUUACGAGGAUUUCAUUUUCAAGCUGGCACAUGUCAUAAACUAUGCACUUGGACAGCCUCUUGUGGACCUUUCACCCCUCAUGGUAGUCCUCAGUACCAACGUACCAUCUGAUAUCUCGGGGAAACUGGACAGGGCAGGAAUACAGCGCCACUCUUCGGGAAACGAUGAGGAGCAGCAUCGUCAUGACCUGGGCACUCCGAUCCCAGAAAUCUAUCACUACCUCUUAAAGAGUAACCCUGCACACUUCUUCUCCCCUGACGAGUUCGUUGGUUUUGAGCUCUACGAGUCAGACGUAGAGGCAGACUCAGAGGAGUACACCAUGUCAUUUCUGUACGCAAGAGUCAUCAAGGAAGCGUCAACGGAUACGAAUCUCAAGUUCGGACUGGGUAGGAAAUAUGUCAUAGAUCUGGGGCAAACACAGCGAACAGUGAGUGCGGCAGAUCUUUACAAGUUUUGCCGUCCCAUUGUACCAGGUCCGCUCGUUCUGUAUGAAGGAGAGACAGAUGAGAAAGGGUCUUCGGCAGCCAAAACACCUCAGAGUCUUCAAGAUGCAAUGGAAGAGGUGAGCAACAUCUUGGAAGAAGCAUGGAAGCUGCCAGAAAAGGAGAGAAAGAAGGUUGUGCGGCGCCUCUACCUCCAAUGGCACCCGGAUAAGAAUCCUGACAACGUAGAGAUGUCCACUGAGGUUUGCAAGCACAUUCAAGCCGAAAUAAGCAGGCUUGAGAAGGGUCUUCCAAGAAAGUCUGCAGGACAAGGACACAGGUCUGGUAGCGGUGGCUUUGAUUUCGGCGAAAGCACCUUCAGCAGCAGCUUCAACAGGUGGAACGCCCAUGCCGGGUUCCAUCGCCGCCAGAGGGAGCAGUUCUACGAACGCUACCAAGGCAGCGACUUCAGCGGCUGGCGCACGAACUCCGGCCAGUGGGUACCACCCAAGUCCGACAGAAGCAGCUUCCCUAACCCACGGGAAGCGGCCCGCUGGCAUCGCCAAGCAACAGCAGACCUACAAGCGGCCAAGGACAACCUACGCGGUCCUGGCACCUCUCAUGAGUGGACAUGUCUGAUGUGCCACCAGGCAGUGGAGAAAGCUCUAAAAGCUGUGCAACUGGGCAAGUUCGGCAAGUACGAGAUGAUCCACCAUAUAGGAAGAAUGGCGAUGGGACUGAUGGCCAGGUACGGGGAUGAAAUGGCCGGUAUUGGUGAUGCCGCAAUGGAGCUGUCGUCCAUCGGAUCCUACCUUAGGUGUGAUGACGUAUACCUGCGAGCCCGCUACCCCAACCUUCACCCUGCCCCUAGAGUUCCCAACGACGUUUUCACCCGGCAGCACGCAGAGAGUGCCAUCCAUCUGGCUCAGACUGUACUAGGCAUGACACAAAGAGUACUAAAGUAACCGACACAGACAAUGGACCAGAUGUUCUGUUGACGAAUCAAAACACUGAAAUAGCUCGCACGUUUGAUAGUUGAGACCUUUCUUUAGAGACAUAUCAGAAACAGUGUAAAAUUUUCUAUCGAAAGGACGUGAUAGACCAACUAGUGCAGCACAUUGUUAGUACUGGUUUUCAAACCGUAUAUUGGUAGUCAUACGGUUUAGCUUUCAACAUUUUAUUCAGUUUUAUUAUUUUUCUUUCUGUUAGAUUCAAGAUAAAU